CGCAAACACGUCAGAAGUACCGUCAGGGUAACCACAGCUGUAGGGUGGAUGUGUGCGUGUUUAGCGGUUAGUACAAAUGUAGCAAAGAUCAAGAGGAGGGCAUCUGGAUACUUUAAACUAUAUUAAGUUUAAAAAUGAAUACAGUUCAAGAAAGUAGCAAUGAAGAAACCACAGAUAUAACACUGGCUAAGACCUCCCGGAACACCGUACUUGGGACCAAUGAUAGAAACCAGGAUGAUAGAAGCGAAGAAGAUAUGGAUGUAGAUAUAGUUUAUCGACGUCAGACAACAGUUUAUAUAGCAUACGAUGAGGGAAAUACCCCAAACCAACUCUUAGACUGUGUAAGAAAAGGACUCAAAGAAAAAGGUGUGUCAGUUCUUGAUGACGUCACACCAGGUACGCAGAUGGCUGGUGAAACAGCGAGGGCUAUCAAUGAAGGUACUACAUGUCUGUUUCUUCUCACAAGAGAUGCUGCACACUCUCCAUUGUAUAAGUUACAAGUUAUACAAGCCAUGGAGAAAGCACAGCGUGAAGGCAAGCGCGGAGGGAUAAUUCUUACCAACGAUAUUGGAGAUUCAGAUGUGAGUAUUUUGUGUAGGUCGCAUCACAAUUCAUUCUCAUCCAAUCACCAACGGUAUGAUUAG